GAUUUUAUGCUAUUACCAGAUUUUGAUUUAGCAGUAUUUCUUUUCUCUGAUUUUCGUUUCUGGAUAAAUUGCGCAACUUAUUUACUCUUCUUUGUGUUCCUUUACAAUUUACUCUUUCGAUGAAAUAUUGAUUAGGUGUGUUGAAUUUGAUGUUUUUUCGGUUAAUAAUUGAUUGGCAUCAUUAAUGUCCUGGUAUGAUGAUUGAUGAAAAUUUUUGAUGCACUUCCUCAUUGUGAUUCAGAGACUAGUUAUUGAUUCUAACAUGGAAUUGGAAUAUUUUGUUCUACUUUAUACUGUAAUUCUGUAACAUCAUCAAUUUUACUGUCAGUUCAAUUUUAUGAUAAAAUACUAUAGCUAAGAUGAUAGACUUACUUUAUGCGGUCCGUUUUUUGUUGUUCCUUUUAAAGCACUAUAUACCAAUACUGAUCUUCUCAUAUCGUGCCUUUGAUUUGCUUCCAUUUUGUAACCGUGCAAGUAAGAACAGAAUGAGGAUACGAAUGAAUUUGUUACUUUUAUGUUGUUUUACUCUUGUUUUGACUGCAGUGGUGGCAGUCGGUCCACCAACUUGUCCCGCUGAAGGCAGCGGAUGUGGUGAUGAUGGAUGGGAAGGGGAAUUCUUCCCUGAAAUUCCCAAGAUUAAGUAUGAGGGGCCUAAAAGCAAGAACCAUCUGGCAUUUAAAUAUUACAAUGCUGAAGAGGUGAUCCUUGGGAAGAAAAUGAAGGACUGGUUUAGAUUCAGUGUAGCAUUUUGGCAUACAUUCCGUGGAACAGGAGGUGACCCAUUUGGUUCACCCACUAAAUUUUGGCCAUGGGAAGAUGGCACCAAUUCUGUGGCCAUGGCAAAGAGAAGAAUGCGAGCAAACUUCGAGUUCAUUGAUAAGCUUGGAGUUGAGUUUUGGUGCUUCCACGAUAGGGAUAUAGCUCCAGAGGGUAAAACUUUGGAGGAAACAAAUAAGAAUCUGGAUGAAGUGGUAGCUUUAGCCAAGGAAUUGCAGGGAUCCAAGAUUCAUCCAUUGUGGGGCACAGCUCAAUUGUUCCAUCAUCCUCGUUACAUGCACGGAGGGGCUACAAGCCCUGAGGUACGGGUAUAUGCAUAUGCUGCCGCUCAAGUUAAGAAGGCUAUGGAGGUGACACAUUACUUAGGUGGAGAAAACUAUGUUUUCUGGGGUGGUCGUGAGGGUUAUCAGACACUUCUGAAUACAGAUAUGGGUAGAGAACUUGAUCAUAUGGCAAGAUUUCUUGAAGCUGCUGCCAACUAUAAGAAAAAGAUAGGGUUUAAAGGAACUUUGCUUAUUGAACCAAAACCCCAGGAGCCUACCAAGCAUCAGUAUGACUGGGAUGCAGCAACAACAACUAAUUUCUUGCGUAAAUAUGGCCUUAUAGAUGAGUUCAAGCUUAACAUUGAAUGCAAUCAUGCUACGCUAUCUGGUCACAGUUGUCAUCAUGACCUUGAGACUGCUAGAAUUAACGGCUUGCUUGGAAAUAUUGAUGCAAAUUCUGGAGACCCUCAGACUGGCUGGGAUACAGAUCAGUUUAUGACUGACAUUGCAGAAGCUACCAUGGUUAUGCUCAGUGUCAUUAAAAAUGGUGGAAUGGCUCCUGGAGGAUUUAAUUUUGAUGCAAAGCUUCGAAGAGAGAGCACGGAUGUGGAGGACUUGUUCAUUGCACAUGUUAGUGGAAUGGAUACAAUGGCUCGUGGACUCCGAAAUGCUGCCAAGCUGAUCGAGGAUGGAUCACUAGGGGAACUUGUGAAGAAAAGAUAUCAGAGCUUUGACUCAGAGAUCGGGGCCAAAAUAGAGGCUGGCAAGGCUGAUUUCGAGUAUCUUGAGAAGAAGGCUAUCGAAUGGGGCGAGCCUAAAGUUCCUUCUGGCAAACAGGAGUUGGCUGAGAUGAUCUUCCAAUCUGCGUUGUAGAGUGAAGGGUGUGUAUAGGAAGGAGCCUUUUUGCACCUUUGUCUAGACUCUAGAUUUAGAACAACAUAUCACAUAUGUAAGGUUUUAGAAUAAUAGGGUCCUAGUUAGACUCAAACUUAGAUUCAUAUUUCCAGCGAACUGGCGGAGUGCAUUGUAAUUAUAGAUUAUGUUGACCGACAUUGUUAUUGGCAGUACUAUUACAAGAACUCUAUGCUUCGCA